UUUUUAUUGAAAUAUUUAGUAAUAAACGGGCUUGAUGCUCAAAUAAUUAAAUAAUUAAAAUCAACUAACGGGAUUAUAGUAAAGUAAAAACCUGGCGUGCCCAGGUCGCAUUUUUUUAUAUUUCCAAGACUUUAUAUGUUAUUGAUAUUAGUAAGUAUAUACAAAAAUACGAUUAAUGUGGCUUUGGUUUUGUUUUACUAUCCAUCAGUUUCUACAUUAUUAUCUGUUAUUAUUGAUAACAUUUACAUUUUUUAAUUAAUUUUUUGAUAGAUUUUAUAAGAUUUUUCUAAGUCUGUUUUUCAAAUAUAUUUGACUAAUUGAUCUCGUCCCAUUUUUAAAUGCGUUUAUGUACUUGACACAUUUUUUAUUUGUAAAAUGUUUGAUAUGUUAUCAUUUUUGCAUUACUUUAUUUAUACAAAUAAUUUCCAUACUUUUAUUGUAUAAAUUAAUAGUUUAUUGCGUUUUAACAACCCGGGCACGCCAAGUUUUUGCUUCACUAUAUAUGUAUUAUAAUAUAUAUCGCAUUUAUAAUAUUAGAAAAACACUUUACGUUUAAUUGAUAGUCGAUAUCCAAUAGUAUCACUCAAUAUUGGAAGGAUUGUUAAUUUACUUAACCAUAAACAAAAUGAUAAAUUAUCUUAUUACUAAAUUGAUAGUGUAUUGCCAAGUUUUAUCAAUUAUUUAUUAUUUAUUGAAUAACAUUUGACUGCCGAAUACAUACAAACAUUUAAAAUCAAUGAUAUAAUCUCUUUCUCUCUUUUUUUCUAUUGUUGCAGUUAUUUAUUAAAUAACAAAAUAAAGAUAAAUAGCGAUGUAAAAAUAAAAAAAGCAAUUUUUGAAUUUAUUAUACGUAAUUUGAAAAUUUACUACGUAUUGAAAGCAUACUUUAUCACACCAAGAUUAAAAAUAAAAUAUUUUGAAUUUUAUGUUGUGUACCUGCAUGGAAAUAAUGAUUGCUGACUACACAAUUUGAAAUAUCUGAAAAUAAUUAUAUCGAAUCAUUAAAAACAUUAUAUUGGACGUAAAGGUAUAAGCUGGUUGCAGGACGUCAAAAGUUUUUGCAGCAACAUUAUCAUGCUUGAGCGUCCUAUAUAUAUAAUUAUUUUGACGAUUCAAUAUAAAAUUAUUUUUUGAUGUGUACAUUUGAUGUGUAUAUUUAACUAAAUUUUUAGAUGCUGUAGUAAAAUUGUUCUUUUUGUGUAUACAUAUAAUUAUGUACUGCGACUUUAUUUGAUAUCAUCAGGUAUUUAAUAAUGCUGUAUAUACUGUUGUAAAGAGUCUGGCAGAUCUCGAGUGACGUGAUGUCAGUUCGAGUUUAUCAAAGGAAAACUCGGGCAAGCUACUCUUUUUCUUUUAAACGUAUAUCAUCUCUCUCUCUCCCUCUCUCUCUCUCUCUCUCUCUCUCUCUCUCUCUCUCUCUCUCUCUCUCUCUCUCUCUUUCGCGAAAUCAAUUACAGAGAGAAUUCAGCUGGCUGUGCAAUUCCAGUUUUCCGUCGUGUCUUUCCGUUGGUGGUGCAGGAAGCAAACGAAUAAAGGGAUAUUGCUUAUCCCUUUUAUACUCGGUUAACUUUCCCCCGUCGUUUCGUCCGGCGGUCCGUUAUACAGGCAGGCAGCACGGAAUGUAUAUUGCGCCUUUUUCACGUCUACAAAGGGGUUGUUGCCGAAACGAAGUUGUUGUAUGUCGUCCGCCCAACUCAUUUUGAGGGCUUUGCAGAUCGCGUGUAUGUUACUGCACAUGAAAGCGCAAACUAAAUGGUGCAACGUCGUAUGUGUAGCGUAUGUGUAGCGGCAGAUUUCAGAUUCACGGAAUACGUAAGUGUCCGACCGGUGUGUAUCUUGGUAAUGAUAUAAACCGGAUCAAAAUAUUGAACAGCUCAUAUUUUAUAAGCGGUAAAUUAUAGAUGAAGUAACAAUUCACGUAUUAUUUCGCGGAAUAACUCACGAUAAUGUAAUUUUCUAAAAUCAAUUCUCGGUCGAGUUUUUUAAAGCAACAUCCGGGCGUCUAUCAGAAAUGUUUCCCCGUCCCUUUGCAUUUUCGAUUAUACUUUUGUUUUUUACGGAAUAUCCCUGCAGAAUAUAAAAACUUUUUCAUAACGCGAAUCAUCCAAUUAUUCAGUCGCGAGGACGAGAACAUUUGAAUAUCUCGGCACGGAUUUACCUAGGAUACUCAGUGACAUUCCCUCGUGCGCGCGUAGUUCAUAAUUCACGCGACUGUUAGACGACACCGACAUUCCGCCGCGCGUGUAAACUAUGUUUCAUGCCUCGUAGAUCUUAACGAAUCGCGGCGAGAUUACGGCGCGGCUGUAUAACUACGGAUAUCCAACUAGUGCGAACAUCCGUCGCAAUCUGUAUAAUGGACAUCCGUGGCAAUUGUGUAGCUGGGAUAUCCGGCCAUUCGCUUUGCGCGCAGCUCGAUUCUCAAACCUGCAAUUUGUCCACGAUUCUGUAACUCUCGAACACACGGUGUGUUCUACUAUACAGAAGCUGAUAAGCGCUUGUGAGUGACGAAGAGAGUGAAUCUCCUCUUCGUUAUCUUUUAUUAAAGUUUGCUUUAUAAAAUAUACCUGAAAUGCAUUGGUGUGUAAACAGCCUUAUGAAUUGUAAGUUCAAAAAUGGAUCUUAUUCGGCUCGGGUGCAUAUUGCGCAAGAAGUUACGUAAUUGCAUGUAUAAAUGUAUUGAAAAUAUUCUCCCCUCCCCUUUUUAUUUCUGUUUGUGAAGAGAGAGGUCGAUCUUCAAAGUAGUUUGGAGGUGCUCAAUGGCGCGCUGACACUUAUCUUAGCGAAAUGGUAUUAUUAAAAUCGACACGGUCCCCGACUUCCGGGCACAAAGGAUGCGGUUGUUAUUUCCCUUGAGUGAACAUCGAUCCGAUACAAGUUUCAAUUUAACAGUGCAUUUCCAAUCAACGAGGCUUUACCUCCACGAAACGUUCCGGCAGGCGCAAUUUUCUCGGAGCAGUUUUCUCGGAUCAGAGAUUUCCACCGCCAUCAUUUCCGAUUAAUGGUACUACAUCGAGUAUCCCUCCUAUUACAUCUAUCUUAUGAUUCUUUUCAAUACAUCCGCAAGUAGAUUAUUGACGAUCGUUGAAAAAAAAUUAUCUCUCUUUUUAGCUAUAAAACAUUUAUUUGACAUUAGCGACGUUAGAAUUUUCGAUUUAAGGGUAUAGUAAUCAUAAUUGUUAACAAUCAACAACACGAUAGAUUAUAAAGCUAACGCCGUUAAUGACAUAGAUACGAUACCGGAUAUGGGAAGACGUGAAGGUAAACGUAACGGCUGUGGGCCGGACUUUUGCUCCAGAUGAGAUUUUAAUUCAACUUCGGCCGUUAAUCCGCCGCCGGUACGGAAACGGAAUUAAUUAAAGCUGCUUAACGGGUAAGACGGGCAAUUAUUGGAUUUACAACGCUAUCGCGCUUGCCGGGAUUAAACUGAUACGCCGAUGAAUCGUUCGGCCGGCGUCGCCGGCGCUUCGACGGCCGCAACGUCGCCGGCUUAAUGCACGCUUGUAUCCAUUGUUCGCAUAAAUCCCUUUCUUUCUGUGCGUCACAUGCAUGUAUGUAGGCGUCCGCCACGUUUGAUCGCGGAGCGGAUUUUCGCCUCCGCCUCCUCUUGGUGCACACAAUGAAAGAUCGUUUUUUUUUUAACGUCAACCGAAGCGUUGACUUGUUUCGCUUACGGCGUUUGUACUCUCUUAGGAGGCCACGUGUUUCAGGGGAAUACAUAUUCCAUGAGGAUACACGGAGGCUUAUCUGCGCGUAUACGUGAAGAAAUAACUUUCAACAAAAUACAUUGAGAGAAAAGCAUUUGAUAUUUGCAUGACUAUAAUUGCAUGGUAAAAUAAUGAUGGUUAGGAGUUCUAUUUUUAUAGAUUUAUACAUACUGCGUAUGUUAGUAAUAACUUUAUAUUCAUAGUUCUAUGAACUAUGAACUUACACUAAAUAACAAUUUUACUAUAAAUUAUGAUAAUUUUAAAUAUUAAUGUAAAAAAUAUCAAGAUAUUGAUGCCAAAAAUAAAAUAAAUAUUUGUAUGUAGUAAGUGCAAUCACAAUUAUGUGAAUAUAAAACCUGUUUUUUUUUCUCAGUGUAAUAUAUAUACGUAUGCGACGAGUACUUUUACAAUAUUUGAAUAAAAUGCCAUAAUCUCUCUUAUAAUUUUCCUCCAUCUUGUUACUGCAAAAGGUAAUAUCCUGAGAUACAGUUUGCCGCUUCAAUAAUCUCAAAGUGCGCAACGUUAACGAGAUUCCAUAUAAUAGAAGAACGGUCCGUAGUACGCCUCUGUGAAACUGCCGAAGUUUUCGGCCCCUCGUAAUUCCGGAUCGGGUACGGUUUUGCCGGACGCAAAUAGCGGCAUGCGCGUUCGCGUUUCGCCCCGACCGCGAGACUCCAGGACUCAUUAACGUGUUCCCACGAACAUGUCGAAUACUGCGAUGCCCCGGAACAAGAGAACAUUCGCCCACGGUUCGUUGACCGGUGAUCCGAUGGCCGGCGCGAAUUACUUGAGCACAGAAUGGGAAAUGGAUAUCGGAUACGGUCCGCGACGAGCCGUGCUUUCCGACGACGCUUCUGCGACGACACUGCAGCACGCUUGCCAUGUCGUGGCUGCCUUUUUGGGUAUUCUCAACCGUUGUUGGUCUCUCGGCGAAUUUUUGGUGUUGUCAAGCGAUACUGCUGUACCCCGAGAAUACUUUAUUUCAGUUUACUCUAGGUAUCUCGAUGCCGGUGGUGAUGACGAAAAGGGGCGGCAUCGCUUUCUCCACGGGAUUUCAACUCAACUACGCUCUGCCGUGGAACUUGUCGCAGUUCGAACCGACGAUAAUUCCCGCGAGACACAUCAGGGAUCUCGAUUUGCAGGAAACUUACGUCGCCAUUGAGAACCUCUUAGACGAACACGGCUGGCGGGACGGUAGACAGUGCCUUUUGAGGACUAUCUGCGAGCUCGCGGAGAUGCCUUUCCGUAGGACCCAGCAGGAUAUUCUCGAGGAAGUGAUUCACCUAAUUUUAACGCCCACGGAGGACUUGCCGGUAGCGAUUAAUUCCAGUCACCAGAGCGCCAACAAAUUGUAUCAGGAAGCCGAACGGCUGGGUAGGUCUGGCGGCGACUGCGUUCUAACGUAUCCUGACUGUAUCGAGUCGCCGUUGGAAUCAUUUACAGAGAUUGUAUUCCCUUAAGUAAUCGAAUCGUUGCGAUCCGCUUUCAUUUUCUUCAGGAUUAGGACACACUCGAAUUCCAUCGUGCGUUUAAUUACGCGUGUCAUUUUUAUCAGUAGAGAAGAAUCUUAUUACGCCAAAACUCUUGGUCUUUUAUUCGUAAAAUUGUGAUGUUUUUGUUACGAGGUAAAUUUGAUCUGUGCAUUCGCGCGAAUGUGGAUGAUGAUGGAAAACUUCAGCUUGCAAACAGUUGUGUUGGUCGAAACAAAUUAGAUUUGUUUGAAAAAUAUGCUUUAAAUAUAGCAACAGCAAUUUAUUGCUCUUGUUUUUGUGAAAGUGACAUGUGUCGUUCCAUUUGCACAGAUAUUUCAGUAUAAACUGGGAACUUAAAACAAAAAAUUUACAGCGAUAUAAAAACUAAAAUU